UCAUGUGACUUGACAAAGAAAAAUUUAAAAAUGUCGGACAGCGAAGAAAGCAUGUCAACAAUGCCAGUGUUACAAAAAAGACCCAAAAUAUCCCUCCCAGCAAACACAGACGGCUCAGGGGAUGAUCAGGAUGAUAUUUCCAGUACAGCCAGUACUAUCCUUGAUGAUAUAUCAGAGAGUAGCAAUGUCCCACGCAGAGGAAAAGGAAAGCCCAGAAUAAAAAGACCAAAACUACAGUUCAAAUAUGUAAAUCAUGUCAAGGAAGAUCAUGGACUACCAUUGUUUGGUUUAUCAAUUAAUCAGCUGACCAGAGAAGGAGAUCCAAUAGUGUUUGCUACAGUAGGAACAAACAGGGUAACUUUGUAUGAAUUACAAGACAGUGGGAAGAUCAAAUUAUUACAGGCUUAUAUAGACCCAUCAACAGAAGAAAAUUUUUACUGUGUAGCUUGGUCUUAUGAUGAAGUAGGUCUACCAUUACUAGCAGCAGCCGGUCUCCGAGGUGUUAUACGUAUCAUAAGUCCUGUAACCAUGCAAUGUAUAAAGCAUUUUGUAGGACAUGGUAAUGCAGUGAAUGAAUUAAAGUUUUAUCCAAAGGAUCCUAACUUGUUACUGUCUGUGUCUAAAGAUCAUACACUAAGGAUGUGGAAUAUAAAGACAGAUGUAUGUGUGAUUAUAUUUGGUGGAGUAGAUGGACAUAGAGAUGAAGUCCUUAGUGCAGAUUUUAGUAUCAAAGGAUCAAUAAUUGUAUCAUGUGGUAUGGAUCAUUCAUUAAAGAUGUGGAAAAUGGAUAAAGAAGAGUUACAGGCAGCUAUAGAAUCAUCAUACACAUAUAAUUCUGCAAAAACAAAUAAACCAUUCCCGACAGUAUUCCAGAAUUUUCCUGACUUCAGUACCAGAGAUGUUCAUAGAAAUUAUGUAGACUGUGUUCGAUGGCUGGGCAAUUUUGUUUUGUCAAAGUCAUGUGAGAAUAGUAUAAAUUGUUGGAAACCUGGAGGGUUACACGAUUCAUUGGCUGACAUGAAACCACAUGAUAAUAAAGUGACCAUUUUACAUCGAUUUGAUUACAAAGAAUGUGAUAUAUGGUACAUGAGAUUCUGUCUUGACUUCUGGCAGAAGUUGAUGGCACUUGGAAAUCAAGUAGGAAAGAUUUAUGUGUGGGAUAUAGAUGUGGAUGAUCCUAGAGAAGCAAGGUACAUUGUGAUUACCCACCAGAAAUGUUACUCACCAAUACGACAAACAGCAUUUACACGAGAUGGCUCUAUAUUACUAGCAGUGACAGAUGAUGCCUCCAUCUGGAGAUGGGAGAGAGUUAAAUAGACUAUAUACAAUGAGCAUAGGGACAGAGGGAGAGAGUGAAAUAGCUUAUAGACAAUGAUGAAAGAUAGGGAUGGAAUGAGAUUAGAUUAGCAAGUCAAUGAAUGAAAUAUUUGGUUGGUUAGCAUGGAUGAAAUUAAAUAGACAAAUUAUUGUCCUUCAUGUGGAAAUUUUAAAAGUCGUUCUAUUUGAUCAAGUGUUAAAAUUGUUGUUGAAAAGUUGUGUUUUGUAAUCUGUUAAUAUUGAUCUGAAAAGGAAGAAAUGAAAUCUGACAUUUGUAAUUAUGUGAACAAAUGAUCUGACAUUAGAUAUUUUUAAUAA